CGGAGCAGCGCGCUAACUCACUCUUCGCUCGCUAUCAUCGAUAAGAGCGUAGAAAUUGUAGGUUAGUAAUUUCUUCGCUAUUAUCGAUGAUGGACACAGAAGAUUUUAUAAGUGCAGUAUUUUUAAAACCUGCAAUUUGGGAUCAAAAAGAUCCAAGUCACCACAACAGGUUCAUUUUAUAUAAAUUGUGGCAAGAGAUAUCCAAACAAUUCAAUACAACAAGAAAGGUCAAGCGUUCACAAGAAGGUAUUGGAAAUGCAUUGCUUGAAAUGGAAAAGGAAAAACUUCGAUUUUUGGAAGAAAAGAGAGCAAAAAAAGAUAAGGAUGAUGAAGAUCUUUCUUUUUUUAAAAGUUUAUUGCCUCAUCUGAAAAAUAUUACUUCAUUGCAUAAACUAGAAUACAGGAUGAAAGUAUUGCAGCUGACACAUGAACUGGUUAAUAAAUCAAUACCUAUUUAUAUUGAAUGUAACACUGAAAACAUCACGGCUAGAUGUGAAGACAAUGCACAAAACAAUGAAUAUCCGAUUUAG